AUGCCUGCAUAUGCUUCAUUUGGAAUGAGUAGAGAAGCAGUUGCCGUUUUUGACCAGAUAAAACAAAAUGGUUUCCUUCCAGAUGAUGUUUCUUAUACUUCUCUACUUAAUGCUUAUGGAAGAUCACAAUUACCUGAAAAGGCUAGGGAGGUCUUUGAUAUGAUGAAAAGGCUGUGUAGUGCUUCAGAAAAUUGGGCAAAGGCUUCUGCACUUUUUCCGGAGAUGGAAGAAAAUGAUAUCCAACCAGAUUCUAUAGCAUGUUCAGCUCUAAUGCGAGCUUUUAACAAAGGAGGACAACCGACCAAGGUUCUUGUUUUAGGAGAAUAUAUGAGAGAGAGAGCAAUUCCUUUAAACGAUGCUGUUUUAUUUGAAAUGGUAUCAGCUUGUAGCAUUUUACAAGAUUGGAAGACCACACUUGACCUGAUCAAACUAAUGGAGCCUUGGUUCCCUUCGGUUUCCAUUGGGCUUUUGCAUCAGCUUCUUCAUCUUCUUGGGAGGAGUGGAAAAAUUGAAUCUAUGAUGAAGGAGUUUCUUCUUGUUCAAAUGCCAAAAAGCUUUGGAAUAAACUCGACGAACUUCAUGGUGACUAGAAAGAAGAACCACCAAAGGUAG